CAAAAACCGAAAGAAACGAAUUUGUUUCGAACCUAAAACCGGUUAAAAUGGGGAACCAAAACCCCCGCAGCCCAUAACCCAAAGCAGGCCCACUAGGCCCACAAAAGGGGGUUGAGCCACCCUGGCUGGUCUGUUCACAGGAAACAGACAAAAUAUCGUUAUCGCCAACCUCCCUUUUUCUUUUUUCUCCGCCAUUUUUCUUCUUCCCUUUCUCCCCGCCUCUGCUCUACUCCGCCGCUCACCGCCGCCGCGCGUUAGAAACCAAACCUAUUCUCCCCCACCGUCGAACCCACGUCUCAGCAGCCCUUUUCCAACCAGCCCCUCCAAAAUCCCCGCAAUUGCAGAUCAAACACCAAUCAACCUUCUCUCUCUCUCUCGAUUUUCCACCCCUAGGGUUUCCCCUUUUCUUCUACCUUAAGCUUCGAAUUCUGUCUAUUUGUGUCCCUGCAACAUUUCGCCUGCACAGAAAUUUUCUUUCAUCUGGGAUCUCGAGGGGACGAAUUCCCAAUUCUGAACUGUUCCCUUGCCUUCCUUCGUUUAUCUUUUUGAUUUUGCUCAAAAUCGUCCGCCUUUGAAGUGGGCGGAAAGCGGAAAGGCUUGUCUGCCUGAUUGUUACAAUCUUCGCCGUCGGUGUCAUUGGACGUAAGGCGAUCGAAAGCUUUGCUUAUUUUGGUUGUUUCCCUGGAGUUGGCAAAGGGUCAACGCUUAGGUGUUGUGGGAUUGAGUACACAUAGAAGCAAACUGGAGCUACAAGGAUGUUUGGUUGCAAUUCUGGUAUCUUUAACAUCAUAAGCUUUUCGUUCCACUUAGCUGAAUGACACCCUUUGGAAUAGCAGAGACAGCUGCCUGUUCCCGUCCCUGUGUGGAUUUUCAGGAUUAGGAACUCGGUUGUUUUUUCUGCUGUUGAGAAAUUUCUGAGUAAUUAGUUUGUUCUGGCUUCGAUGUUCCGUAAGAGUUAUUAUUUUGCCCGAGCGAUUGGCUGCUGUAGCUGUUUUGGAUUAAUAAAGAGAACCAAGCAAAAAUCAAGGCACGUUCCUGUGAGAACUCCCAACCUGUCUCAGGAAUUCUUGUUAGAUGAAGAGAUUGAUGAUGACGACAAUGGCUCAUACAAUGGGGACAUUACAGACUCUGUCUAUGGAGAUGAUGGGAUGAUGCCAUGCUGCACGAAUCGGUCUGAAGAUAUACUAAAAUUUAAAGAGCAAAACGGAAUGGUUUGCCGACAAUUUCCUGUCAAGGAGACACGGACACUAGUUCGUUCAGAGGAUGAAAAUGGAAAUAAAAUGAUCAAUGAGUAUGUUCGCGAAUGCAAGAUUGGUGCUGGUAGCUAUGGUAAAGUGGUUUUGUACCGAAGCAGUAUAGAUGGAAAGAAUUAUGCAAUAAAGUCCUUCCACAAGUCUCAUCUUUUGAAGCUGCGGGUUGCCCCGUCUGAGACAGCAAUGUCUGAUGUUCUUCGAGAGGUUCUGAUCAUGAAGAUGUUGCAACAUCCUAAUAUAGUCAAUCUCAUUGAGGUGAUUGAUGACCCAAACACAGAUCACUUCUACAUGGUUCUUGAAUAUGUUGAUGGGAAGUGGGUCUGGGAAGGCUGUGGCCCUCCUGGCGGCAUUGGAGAACAUACUACUAGGAAGUAUUUGCGAAAUAUUGUUUCUGGUCUGAUGUAUCUGCACGCCCAUAAUAUAGUACAUGGCGACAUCAAACCAGAUAACCUAUUGGUUACCAGCACUGGAGUUGUUAAAAUUGGAGAUUUUAGUGUCAGCCAAGUAUUUGAGGAUGAUAAUGACGAACUCCGUAGGUCUCCCGGAACCCCGGUGUUCACUGCACCAGAGUGCUGUCUAGGUGAGAGUUAUUCUGUAACUUUGAUCAUGAUUAGUGAGGAUAUCAACAUUCUUUAACAACCAUUGCCGCUUCAUCCAACAGGUUUAACAUAUCAUGGCAAAUUGGCGGACACUUGGGCAGUUGGAGUAACGUUAUACUGUAUGAUACUGGGAGAGUACCCUUUUCUUGGUGAAACAUUGCAGGACACAUAUGACAAGGCAAGCAAGCUUUGCUUUUUUCCCCUUCUCUUGUCUGUCAUAAUUAUGUUUUAACUAAGAGUUUCGGGUUUCUUUUCCCUUUUAGAUCGUCAAUAACCCCUUAGUGCUACCUAAUAGAAUGAAUCCUCAGCUGAAGGACUUACUCCAAGGGCUUCUUUGUAAAGACCCCGAGCAAAGGCUUACUUUGGACGCUGUAUCGAACCAUCCUUGGGUUGUCGGAGAAGACGGUCCUAUCCCGGACUACUCGUGUUGGUGCAAGCGUAUCAGGCCAGAGCGAGAAGAACGUUCGGACGGGAGCAGCAGCAGAGAUAACAACAGCAUCAGCGACGAAUCCGCUGAGAAUGAAGCCAACAACAACACAAACUCACCUGAUCUUCACUGACUCAAAGCCACUCCAUCUCCAACUUGCCUUUCUUUUUUGAGUUCGUUGAAUGAUAUGGUAUUUUAUUGUGUCCUUAAUGUACAGUGGAAAGAACCUCUCGACUGUCCUUAUGAUUCAGGGGAUGAUGAAAGGAACUCUCUUAUAAUUUGAGAGUAUAGAAAGAAGGGUUGUGAAAGAAAGAGUUGAAUUUAAAAAUGGCCUUUGGAAGUGUAGGGUCAUGUUAUGCAGAUCUUAUCUUGUAGUGGUUGGUUGAAGAUUAGGAAUACAGAAUUUUCUUUGAUGUUCUUUUUUGAGAGUGAUAUGAAACCAUAAGCUGUUUAUUUAUCAUUACAAAGAAAUGUAACUAAAAUGGGUUGCCCUUAUUUGACCCUUUCAUCCUUAUCCUCCUUUCAAGUUGAAAUAAAGAGUAGACAUCAAUGGUUUUGCACCCUCU